UCCCUUGAUUUCUCUUCUUUUCGCUUAGUUCCCUGCACACAACAAAUAUUAACUUUUAUCCUCUCCAAUACUUCUACUAAUUCUCUACUUCUAUCAGUUAAUGUUCCAACAUUCCAAGUACCUAUUCUUACUUUGUAUCUAUUUUUAUUUUUCUCCGUGUUCCAGAUUACCCUCUGCUUAUGAAACUAUGAUUGAAUGGAUCAUAAUAAGACAAAAGAUAAAAAAGAAUAUUCGUCAGCUGUUUCUCUGUGUUUAAUUAAUACAUUAUCAAUCGAUAUGAUAUUUAAUACAUUUUGGAAAAUAGAGGAGCCAGCACCUUCAAAAAAAUUAUUCACUAAUGUUCAAAAAUGUGAAGAACAUUUCACUCUUACAACUAGUCAAGACUCUCAAACUAGACGAUUUGUAGUUUCUUUAUCGUUUCGGUUGGAUCCGUCAUUGUUAGGUGGUUCACGUAAAAUGUAUGAAAAUCUCGGUCAUAUGAAAAAUGCCAUGCAACAAGGAAAAUACCAUUUGCCACAUCAUGCCGUUGUAAAACACGUUUUUUUUUUUUUACCAUGACCGGCAUUAAUGUGGACCGCCCUGAAAUUGCCGUUAGGCAUUACUUUAGGGCGUCCCAUUCCGUCUCUACAUUUCACAACGUGAUUUGGCCUAUUUCGUUAGUCGGAUGCCAGAGUAAAAUCAGUUGCCCCCGGUCGCGGACAUCGAGUCGGGCGCCGAUUACCUAGUUGCGAGGAUAGACGGCAUGGACAUCUUGGCUGCUACGCGUCGCCGAGUUUGCCGGUCUCUUCUCGCUACAGAGUAAGGCGGCUUGGGUGGACGCGUAAUGACUGUGGAGAAUACGUGGUUGGGACUUUAAAGCCCACUCCCCUGUGUGGGGAUCAGUUGACACUAAUCAGCGUGGCGAGGACCUGUUGGACUUGAUGUCAGCUCUCGAGCUGAUCUCGGCUACUUGAUUACUUUUAAAAUAGAAAUAUAUUUUUAAGAAAAUAUAAUGAUAAUGUGCAAAAGAU